UGCCCCGUUCUCUCCCACCAUGGACUGGUUCCAUUGCAACAAGUGUUUCCGGCAGGAGGGAGCGCGGUUCGCAGUCACUAACUGCGGGCACGUCCUGUGCGCAGCGUGCGGGGCCGCAGGACCGUGCCCCGUGUGCGGCGCUGCCUGCCGCCACCUUCCCAUCUCCCCGCAGAUGCGCCUGCAGGAGAAGCUUUUCUUCAAGAGCCCCACUGCCAUUGCACUAAAGCACUUGGCGAGCAUCACUCAGGUCUGGCGCUUCCAGCGCGCUCAGGAGGAGCUGCUGCUGGCCUCGCACCGUGACGCUGCCCGCCGCCAUAGGGCGGCCAUGGAGGAGGCGAAGAGGGAGCUGGGUGUGAAGGAGAGGGAGCUCGAGUCCCUGCGCCGGGAGAACAUGGAGCUGCGUCAAGCUCAGCUCUCCCCCGGCUGGCGAGGGGGCAGCAGGAGCAGCACUCCCCGGCCCGUGGGGGUCACAUCCCCGGCACACACAGUGACCCCGCAGCCCCGGCGGCAGCUCAGCUCCCAGGUGGUCAGCCGCUCAGCCCCGUGGGAGCCCCCUCCCCCCCGCAGCACCCCCGUGUGGCACCUGGGCAGCGCCUACGGGGGUGGGAGCACCACCGCCGGCUCCAGUGUAGGCGAAAGGACCCCGAAUCUGGCGGAUUUCUACCCAAACUUCCACGGCCCACGCAGCCCCUGGCCAUAGGAUACGCCCCCUUUGCCCAAGCCCCGCCCUUAUCUCUAUAUAUGGUACUCAUUUCCCUUAACCCUUCCCUUUAUCUCCAUGUAAAA